AUGGGAGUUUGCCAUGUUCUGGGCACUGGUGCUUAUUUGGGGCUGCCCUCGAUGAUUGGAAGGAAAGUGAUGAUUAAAUCGGUCUUACAGGAAAUUUUGGCUUAUGUUAUAAGAAUAAGGUGGAUAGCAUGGGAGAAGCUUACUUGUACUAAGAAGGAGGGUGGUUUGGGGUUCCGAGACUUGAGAACUUUUAUCAUGGAAAUGGUGGCUAAGCAGGGGUGGUUUCUCAUGUCUAAACUGCAUGCUCUUGUUUCCAGAAUUUUCAAAGCAAGGUAUUUCCCUAAAACAUCUUUCUUUGACGCUAAUAUUGGAUAUAACCCAAGCUUUAUUUGGAGGGGUAUUUGGAAGGUUAGAGAAGUAUUAACUUUAGGUUACAGGUGGAGUAUCGGUGGCGGUAGUAACAUCAAGGUGAUGAAUGAACCUUGGCUCCGUGGUGGAGAAGGGGAGUGA